AUGAUAGGCCCAGAUUGCAAAGACUGUCCCGUCUGCCAGGAGGAAGUGGCCAAGACACCAGCGGAAGGGGGGGAGGUCCCAAUCAAGUUACACUGCGGCCACAUGAUAGGAAGGGACUGUCUGCAAACUUGGUUGAAGUCAUGGCACAUCGAUAGGGAAAAGGAGAAUCCGACAUGCCCUUUGUGUCGAGCGCAGUUGCCGUUGCUCUACAAAGACAUUGAGUCGAUGCCGUGGGACAAGCAAUUGGAAUUGCUGCCAAGCCAAGUGCAGUUAAUCGCCCGGGAGUGGGUGGCGUAUGCACGCAGCGAUGAGGCGCUGGACAGGGAAGUCGAUGCCUUCCUACUGGCGGCACGGGAGGAGCAAAUUGAUGGGUGUUACGGAGUUGAGUUGGGGCACAUGCUGGCAAAGCUGGAGACACGGCGGUUGGCCUUCGUCCAGUACCAGAAGACGCUGCAGGCGGUCCUUGAAGGUAUGCAGGCUGGCUAA